AAGGCUCAAAUUGGUCUCGUUAGUUAUCUAAGAGUCCACAAGCAGGGUAAUUGAUUUGAAGACCAUCAUCCUCGUUUCGAGGGAUAGCCUCGACGACGACGACUAUUAUUCAACAACAACUCGGGUAUCGAAGUAAUUUGAAUGUAUCGUUUCUUUGUUCCCGUCGUAAUUCUAUUUUAAUCACUUCCCGCCAUUUUAGUUUGCCGCGGUAAACUGGAACUUAGGCUUGUUCCAAUAUAACCUUGUCCGUAGAUAUUAAUUUCAAUUGGUGGUUUGGCGGUUCCGAUGAUUUAUUCCAAGGUACAAAAAGAAAUAAGUUCAACUGGCGUCUGAGCUAAUCAAACAAUGGAAUAGCGGAAUGGAGCAAUGGAAUGUAGAAAACAUGUCACUUUCAGAAUUUAAUUUGGACAAGUUCUCCUAUCAACGAAAGUUGUUGGCAUCUGCGCGCGAUCACACCGGCAUUUCUAGUCAACCAUGUGCAUCUACGAAUAGGUUCACUUUGAAUUCGCAGUCAGCGCAUAGCUCGAGAUCUGGAAGGAAAUCAAAGGACUCGCUUUCGAACUGUCAUAGCAAUGAAGAAGAUAACGGGCUCGGAUCAUGUGCAGACGAUUCAAGUUCUACCGCUGCAAUAGUUGCUGACCAAGAGCCUUUGGACGUGAUGGAAACUCAACCAAGCGAAACUCGGGUACAGGUUGUCGACGCUUUAAAUUCUUCCAAAGAAAACGUGAAUCCAGAUAAAGACCACAUUGUGAGUUUUAAAGCAGGAAAUAAAAGAAAGAGACAUUUCUUUAUGGAAGAUGAGGAUGAUGGAGAUAACAAUAAAGACAAGAAAAGAUCCUGCAAAUCAGAGGAACUAGGAGGUCUGGACACCAAUUGCAACUCCAGAAAAAAUUCUACAAGAAGGGAUGUGACUUAUGGAAAGAAAGAAAUUCCUGAAGUUGUCUGUUUAUCAAGUGAUGAAGCUGAUGAUAGUGAUGUUGUUAUUACUGAUUUCAUAGAUAUCAGUCAAAUUGAUAUGGAGAAUGACAGUGAAGAUGACAGCCUGAGUAAAGAGGAGAUGGUUACUAUGCUUUCAUUUUUCAAUGACUGUACCGUUCAAGAGCUGGCAGCUGUUCCUGGUUUGUCCUCCAAAAAGGCUGAAAAGAUCAUUAAAAUGAGACCAUUUGAAUCCUGGACUGAUCUUGUUUCUAAACUGGACUCUGCUAAGAACUUAUCUUCAGAGUUGAUAGACAAUUGUCAAAGUCUGCUCGAAGAGCGCAAAGCUGUUGAGAAAUUGAUGAACAAAUGCGAGAACAUCUCCAACAAAAUCCAAGACAUGUUGAACUCAAGAUUAAGUGUUGACAAGAAUGAUUCUUCAAAUAGUAAAAGAGGAGCUGUGAUAACUUCACAACCAAAAAUAUUAAAUAAAAGCCUUCAGCUUAAGCCCUACCAGUUGACAAGUCUUAAUUGGCUGGUUCUGAUGCAUGAACAAGGAGUCAAUGGAAUAUUAGCUGACGAAAUGGGUCUUGGCAAGACAGUUCAAGCCAUAGCUUUUCUUGCACACUUGUGUGAAUCUGGAGAAAAAGGCCCUCAUCUGAUUAUUGUACCAGCAUCAACUCUUGAUAAUUGGUGCAGAGAAGCCAAGAAAUGGUGCCCAUCAUUAGAAUUCUUUUUGUAUUAUGGAAGUCAGGCAGAGAGGCUUCAGCUGCAAUGCGAGGUGGAUUUAACGGAACGAAAACCUGAUAUUUUCAUAACGACCUACACAGUCGCCACUGGUACAAAAGAUGAUCGUUCCUUUUUAAGAAAACUCAAUUGUAAUUACGUAGUACUGGACGAGGGGCAUAUGUUGAAAAACAUGCAGUCACAGAGAUACCAGGGACUUAUGAAAAUGAAGGCCCGUCGCCGGCUACUCCUCACAGGGACACCACUACAGAACAACUUGUUAGAGCUGAUGUCCCUGCUAAGUUUUGUGAUGCCGAGCAUGUUUGGUGACAGUGUUCAGGGGAUCAAAAUGCUCUUUUCCAACAGCAAAAUGAAUGGUGAACCAGGUAGUAACUACCAGAAAGCAACAGUAGCUCAGGCCAAGAGAAUCAUGAAACCAUUUGUUCUGAGAAGGCUCAAGAAAGAUGUUCUACAACAGCUUCCUGCCAAACAUGAUCUCAUAGUCAAGGUGGACUUGACCGAAGAACAGCGUCAGUUGUACAACUACAACUUUGUGAACUGUUCAAGACAAUUUAAGGAGUCGGAUGGCGGCUCACAGUACAGCAAUAUUUUGAUGUUACUUCGGAAGGCCGCCAAUCAUCCUCUGCUGCUACGUAAUCGCUUCAACGAUAGCAUACUACUGAAGAUGGCUAAGAAAUACUGCAAGGACCCUGCGCACCGCGAUUGUGAGCCGGAUCUGGUUUUCGAGGAUAUGACAGUAAUGUCAGACUUUGAACUGCAUUGUCUCUGUCGAGAGGAACAGAGUUUGGCAGAUCAUUGUCUAAGUAAAGAAAUUAUGAUGAAAUCAGGAAAAUUUGAGUACUUAGAUACGCUAUUACCUGAAUUAAAGCAAAAGAAUUGCCGUUUGUUGCUGUUUAGUCAAUUCACCAUGAUGAUGGAUAUCAUCGAAGUCUAUCUGUCGAAUAGAAGUCAUCGUUACUUGAGACUGGAUGGAAAGACAGCUGUAGUAGAUAGGCAAAACCUAAUUGAUGAGUUCAAUGGUGAUCCGGACAUCUUUGUCUUUCUUCUCUCGACCAAAGCAGGAGGCUUGGGUAUCAAUCUGACGGCCGCCAAUGUUGUGAUCUUGCACGACGUUGACUUUAAUCCGUACAACGACAAACAAGCAGAGGAUCGGUGUCAUCGGGUGGGUCAAACCAGGUCUGUGACAGUGUAUCGGCUGAUUGCUAAAAACACUGUAGAGGAAGCGAUUCUCCAAUGUGCGCAGACCAAGCUUCGACUGGAGCAGGAUAUGGCCCUAGCUGACGAUACAAAAUCUGCGAAAGAUGUGUCAGAACUCCUUAAAGAUGUGUUCAGUUCAUCAUGAUGCAUAAGAGCAAUUAAUAUGUUCGAUUAGCAUAAUGAGUUUGUUAGCAAAAGUUAAAUUGAGUAUGGUUAAAAUUGAAUUUGACGAUUCAAAUAUCUGGAGAAUGCCUUAAUCGUAGAAUUGUAGUAAUAAGACUUGUUUACUCUAAAAAUAAGACUAUUUUGAACAUUAGAAACAGUAGUGCAUAGCAUAACUUAGAUGCGAUCAAUCUAGGAAAAAAAACUGUACUUUUGUAAGAGUUUUUUAGCCGUUUUUAUUCCUUGGGUUUUUUUGGCUUGUUUCUUUGUUUGUUUUUUUUCAUGAGGCACAAUCGAACAGUAAGGGCUUUUCAAAAAUUUAUUUUAUUUACUAAACCGAAAGAAAGUAAUUGUGUUCAUAUAUAUCAUGGUAUUAAAUCGCAAGA